AUGGGGAACGGGUGUGUGUGCCAGGACUCCUGGGUUCCAGGCUUGGGGGUGAAUCAUGUUUGUGGAGUGGGACCCAGCUGGCCUGAGGCAUCCCAUCCCCUCCUGAGCUCUCCCCAACCCUCUGUGCAGGCUGCUCUGGCUGCCUUCGAUCCUCGGCUCAGCUUCAGCAUCCGCCUCUGCUUCCUCUCGCCAAGCUCCUCCUCCUCGCUGGACUCACCCUACACCUUGGUGCGGGGGGGCUGCCCGGCCCACCCCGACGUCUCUCUGCACCCACCCCACAAGGGGGCUGCAGGCCCGGCCUUGCCCCCCGGCUCCCAGGAGCUGCAGCGCCUCAGCUUCCUGCUCCGGCCCCUCUACAACGACUCCAUCCAAUUCCUGCACUGCCGCCUGGCCCUCUGCACCCAGGAGCCCCAGGGCCAGGCUGGGGCCUAUGGGGGCGCCCUCCCCAAGUGUGGGCCCCAGGCCGGGGCAUGCCCCAGCAGCCGCGUGGGGGAGCCGGGCAGCGGGCGGUUCCAGCACACCUUCACCAAGCCCAUCAUCGUAACCGUGGGGCGCCUGGCCAGAGCCACCAAACCCACCCCAGGAACAGAUCCCUUUCCGGUGCCCUUUCCUCUGGCUGGCAGGAGGGGGAAGGCGCUGAAGGAGGCACCCCGGCCAGAGCAGGGAGAGACACCCCUGCCCCCCUUCCCCAGGGCCUGGAGCUGCCCACCGUGGUGGGAAUCGUCUUCUCAGCUUUCAUCAUCGGCGUCUCUCUCACUGGGGGGCUCUGGCUCAUUCACUCCAGGACAGCUCACAGGGGCCUCCCUGUCCGUGUUCUUGGGAAUACGCUGGCACCAGCCCCACUGUCACCACCUGCAGGCGCCCGGCCCUGCGGCUCCCGGGAUCAGCAGCCCAUCGGACUCUGCUCAGCACAACCAGGGAGGCCACUCGGGGAAGGGCCUCUCCACUUGGCCCGAAGGGCCCCCUCCCUGUGACGGGCAGCCAGCGGGCGGCAGCCUCGCCCAGGCCGGAAGGGGCCCCGGGGCAGGCCGCGUGGCAUCGGGGCUGUGGCUAGUGUUUGCGCUUUCAGGGUAUAAAUGUGACUGCAGAGGACCCAUGGGGGGACCCAGGGUCUGGCUGGCAAGAGGGGCCCACCAAGGGCAGGCAGCUGAGUCCUCCUGCCGGCUCCGUCACAUGGUGGCUGUGGGCCCCCGCAGCACCUUCCAGGCGAGGGGGGGCGGGGCAUGA